UGACACACUCCUCAUCUGCAGCUCACUGGCAGAUUCACACUGCAGGAAUGAACAGUGUCUCUUUGACCCCAGCCAUGCUCUCCCUCUCAACUCCAUCCCCUCUCUACCUGAGUCUCCUCCUCUUUCUGUCGCACCACUCCCUCGUUCUCUCCUGUGAGGUCACGGCCGAGUGCAAGUCCGCUCCCUUCGUGCCAGGCUACAACCUGGUGGGGGAGGGCUUUGAUAUGGUCACCCUGCGAAGGAAAGGAGCUUACACGAUCGACGUGAAGACUUACGCCGCCCCAAAUGGCACCUGUAUCCUCCGACGCAACCCUCUUCAAGGCAACGUGCUGCAGAAACUGCCGCUCUCUGCAGUAGACUGGCGCGCAUUCAGCCGCUGCAGUGUUCAUCUGUACAGCAGCAUGCACAGCUCCGUCAGCUCACUACUUCACAAACACACAAACGAGGACAGCAACAGCUUGAAAUUGGGACUAGAUUUCCAGAAGUUUGCCGGCCUGGAGGUGGGGGGAACACGUUCAACUGCAUAUGUCUUUGCUACAGACAGGAGCAAAGAGGACCAUUACACCUUCAGCACUCACAGAGUCAGCUGUAGCCAUUACAGUUACCGUGUGUCAGACAGACCACCCCUCAGCUAUGAACUCAGUAGGGAUUUGGCAAACCUACCCAGUUCCUACAGCGACUCAACUAAGACCCAGUACAGACGGAUCAUAGAGACCUACGGCACACAUUAUAUCCGCCAGGUUCAUCUUGGGGGCCGAAUCAGGCGAGUCACAGCUGCACGUACCUGUUUGUCCAGACUGAAUGGCCUCUCCUCUGACGAGGUGCACAACUGCUUGUCAGGGGGUAUCAGUGUAGGCCUGGGGAAGAUCAAAGUGUCCCCUAAGGUAGAGUUCUGCAGCAAAGUCCUACAGAACCAGGGCAUCUCCUCCUUGUUCAGCUCUGGACUCCACCAGCAUUACACAGAGGUGGUAGGAGGCAAAGGUUGGGUCGGGGAGUUUGCACUCACCAGGAACGACUCCGUGGGCUACCGAAAUUGGCUGAAAACCCUCAAGGAUCACCCUGAUGUUGUUCGGUACUCCCUGAGACCACUGUACGAGCUGGUGCCAAACACGACAAAAAAGCAAGGACUGACGGUCGCCAUAGAGCAGUACUUGAAAGACCACGGCAUCAAGAGCUCAACAACACAACCGUACUGUGGCUCGCGUGGCCCUAACCUGGAUUCCAGCUGCUGUCCUAAAGAGGCCUUUAGGGGAAGACUGGUGGUGACCAAUGUCCGAGCCUGGGGACUGAAAGGAGAUUACUGGGGCGUGACUGAGGGAUAUGCUAAGAUGUGGGCCGGCUCCAUGCAGCAAACAACCAGUGUGAUGAGAUCAAACAGCCCUCAUUGGUACACACAUUAUGAUCUGGGCGAGGUCAGUGUUAAUCUUCUUCUCACACAGCAGCUUCCAGAUUUCUACGCUGACAGUAAAUAG